AGGGUUGGAGCGCACAGGACACCUGCACUGCUUGUACGUGAGUCUAAGGAUUUCAUCUGUGGUAUCUGAUGAUACAGAGGGAAAAGUUAAACACUGUCAUUACCAGUUAACAUGAACAUUUCAAGUUGUUGAAAAUACGUUUAUUUUGCAAGCACAUAGACACUAUAUGCUUCAUUCACAGUAUGAAACAUUCAGUGGUUUUCUUUUACAAGUCUCUCUGUGCAAUCCCACACACAUAGCUUAUGAAGACAUUAGGACAGACACAGAUGAGAGGAUGAGACAGGCCUGAGGGUGACAUUAGGGUGAGGAGUUGGUUCUGAUAGCAGGCUGUGUUUGUGUGACCAGAGAGAGCUAGUUGCUCCCAGACCCACCAUGCAAGCGAGGCUCCUGCUGGGGCUGUGCCAGGUGCUCCUGCUGGCGCUCUGUGUGGCGCCAAGCAACGACUUUGACUGGACCAAGACGGACCGCGGCUCCUUCUACUACGGCACCUUCCCAACCGGGUUCUCGUGGGGCGCCGGAGGUUCUGCCUACCAGACCGAGGGUGCCUGGGACAAAGAUGGCAAGGGAAGGAGUAUCUGGGAUGUUUUUGCCCACAAAAAGGGCAAAAUCUUCCUCAAUGAUACAGGGGAUUCCUCCUGUGAAGGUUACUACAAAUUCAAGGACGACAUCACCUUGAUGAAGGAAAUGAAAUUGAAUCAUUAUCGUUUUUCCAUCUCCUGGCCAAGGAUUCUACCCCAUGGGAUCAAAACGGAACAUCUAAACGAGAAGGGAAUCAAAUACUAUGAUGACCUGAUCAACAUGCUGCUGGAAAACAACAUCACACCGAUAGUCACCCUGUAUCACUGGGAUUUACCUCAAAUCUUAGAGGAGAAGUACGGCGGAUGGCAGAAUGUCAGCAUGAUCAACUACUUCAAUGACUUUGCCAACUUGUGCUUUGAGCGAUUUGGGAGCAGAAUCAAGUACUGGAUUACCUUCAAUAACCCCUGGUCUGUGGCAGUGGAGGGCUAUGAGACAGGAGAGCACGCUCCAGGACUGCAGCUGAGAGGAACUGGAGCCUACAGGGCAGCACACCACAUCAUCAAGGCGCAUGCUAAAGUUUGGCAUACUUAUGACACACAGUGGAGAAGCAAACAGAAAGGGCUGGUGGGCAUCUCCCUGUCUGCUGACUGGGGAGAGCCGGUGGACAUUAGCAACCAGAGGGACAUCGAAGCAGCUGAGCGAUACGUGCAGUUCUACCUGGGCUGGUUCGCUACGCCCAUCUUUAACGGAGACUACCCACAGGUUAUGAAGGACUAUAUAGGCAGGAAGAGUGCCCAGCUGGGUCUGGGGUCAUCCAGACUGCCUGUGUUCUCGUCUCAGGAGAAGAGCUACGUCAAAGGCACAUGUGACUUCCUGGGGAUCGGCCACUUCACAACGCGCUACAUCACGCAGAAGAACUUCCCCUCCGGCCGCGGCGGCAGCUACUUCUCUGACCGGGACCUGGCUGAGCUGGUGGACCCUGGCUGGCCCGACCCCGGCUCCGAGUGGCUCUACUCUGUUCCCUGGGGCUUCCGACGCCUGCUUAACUUCGUCAAGACUCAGUACGGUAACCCUAUGAUCUACGUGACGGAGAACGGCGUGUCGGAGAAGAUCAUGUGUACAGAUCUCUGUGACGACUGGAGGAUGCAGUACUUCAAGGAUUACAUCAAUGAGAUGCUCAAGGCGAUCAAGGACGGUGUGAAUGUGAAGGGCUACACAGCAUGGUCCCUACUGGACAAGUUUGAGUGGGACGAAGGCUUCUCUGAGAGGUUUGGGCUGUACUACGUCGACUUCAGGAGCAAGAACAAACCCCGCUUCCCGAAAGCUUCUGUCCAGUUCUACAAACGCAUCAUCAGCUCCAACGGGUUCCCCAAUCAGAGAGAGGUGGAGAGCUGGAGAAGGAAAGCUGCUGAGACGUGCUCUUCCAGCAACCAGCUCCUUGCUGCAGACCCCCUGACGAGCCACAUGGAGAUGGUGUCUGAGAUCGUGGUUCCGACGGUGUGCACCCUCUGCAUCCUACUCAGUGCUGUCUUCCUCAUGUUCCUGCUGCGCCAACGCUUCUAGAAACCUGCUGCACCUACAAACUGUCUAAACAUUCAAAUCAAAUGCUGCUGUUUUUGGUCUGUGACUCAUGACCAAGACGACAAUAAACAAAGGCUGAUAGGUUGCUUUUUGUAAUGUACAUUCCCGGCCGUACUUAGAAUAAUUUUUUGAAAUGGUUGGAUGCAAAAACAACUCCUUUCGAAUCUCUGCACACCCAAGUACCACGAGCCAUUAGGCUUUCAAACACUCGCCGUCUAAUUUGAAUAAAGGCUAUUGAUAACAUGCCUCUAAAGUUUGACCAUUACAAUACUUACAGGCAACUAGUCUAUAUCAGUCUAACUAUAUCUUCCGCUCCAUGAAACACAUGUUAAUGCUAAGUAGUAGGCUACCCAUUGCAUAUUAGGAGAGGGGGUACACAUUAUAUCAGGUGAAAAAACGGCCUGAUAUAA